UUGCUCUCUACCAGACCAGCAGGUUCCCUGGGACUCUGCUGGAAAAUCCCUCUGGGAUUAUCAGGGUGUUGAUCCUCACUGAUGGAGGGGGAGUCGAGGCUGUGGAUCGUGGGGUUGUGAAGGAAUUCCUGGGAGAUCCAGAGCACAGGACACAAAGUGCUGCCCAGGAGCUGCUGAUCUUGCUGACAUUCAUUGUCAGCCGUGCUGGGAGGUUCCAAGUGCUCCCAAAAUCCCCUUUUUCUGCUUUCCUUGUGUUCAGCCACACUGGGAUUUCUGCCUGCUCUGUGUCUGAGCCAAACUCCUGCUGUCAGUGCUGCUCCUUCUCACCUCUCACUUCUGAGUCCAGAACAUCCAGCUCCAUUUUCUUCUCCCAGCUUCCCCCAGAACCACGGGAUCUGCUUCCCCUUCUUUAAGUUUUUGGAGGGUGAAAGACAGAUCUGAUCCUUCAUGGAAGAGUCUCCUUUCUCACACAUUGUGCCCCAGAAAUGAGGCUCUGGACCAAAAUAUUGGGUGUGGGGGUUAAUUCCAAGGUCACAGGGAGGGAGGUUCUGGUUGGACACGCAGUGGGGGGUGUUUGGUCAUCCCACAAGACCCCCGGGCUGCAGCAGGAGCUGUCCAGCCUUGGGAUGAACAUCCCUGACACUUGGUGGGAAAAGGCAAAGCCUUGACUGACUCCUGGAGCAGAUCCAGCAGUGGGACACAGGAUGGAGACCUCCCAGGCACUGUUCCAAGCCCAAAGGACAGGGAAAAAGCUAUUCCAGAGCUCCCUGCCAGGGAGGCAGAAACAGCCCUGGUGUCACCCGGGUGGGGCCGGGACUGAUCCCAAAUCCGUGUUCUCCGGGAGUUCAUUGGUGUGGGAACUCUGUGGGGUGGAGCUGAUGCUCUUGGUGACUCCAGGUGGGGUUGGCAGCUCUGCCCUUUAAUCCUUCUGGAUCUAUCAGGACCAGGAAACCAGCUCCCAGUGCUUUGGUCCCUUCUCUCUCCACAAGGGCGGCUCUGUUGGCUCAUAGUGCUCUGGGUGUGGGAUUGUCCUCCCGAGAGUCCAGGAGCUCCUGAGGGAGGUCCUGCAUUCAGGAAAACCCCCUUGGGGUGGGAAAGGUUCUCUGUCUUGCCAUGGACUCCAAAAUCCUGGCAUUUGAAGCAGUCCCACCUUGACCCGUGUUCUGACAAGACUCUUGGUUUGAGUCCCUUCACCUGCAUAAAAUCUCUGUUUCCUCUCCCGGUGUCCCUGGUGCUAUUUCCAUGUCUUUCUCCUCAUUUUUGAAGCCUUUUCCUUCCCAGACUGAGCCUCCUGUCCUCAAAAAUGUUCAAAACCUGGUGGCAUUUGAAGGUUUUCCAUCUCUUUGAGGAUGAACCACCUUUGAUUUCUGUGUCUCGAGGAUGAGCAACGCGGGUGCGGGAGUUGGUCACCUCCACCCUGUCCCACAAAGUAAAUGUGUCCUGCUUCUGAAUUCCUGGUUUUUUUGUGUGUGCCUGAAGUAAUUUCUGCUUCCAUCUUGCCAUGCAACUAAUCUGCCAUGUGGUUUCCUGGAGCUUUCCUGCAAUUUUGGUUCCCAGCACUGCAAGGGGAUAUGAACAGUAACAGGGAGACAGGAGAGGAGGCGACGUUUUCAUGUUCAGACAUCGCAGGCUGCAUGUACCGAGUCCUUCAGACCACGGGACCAGAUGGAAAAAACCUCCUGAAAUUACUCCCCAUUUCCAAACCUUCGGGAAGCUUUCUGCCGCUAGUUCAGGCUCCAGCCAUGCCAAAUAGCCCUGCAGGGAACAUCUCCACCCCUGUCCAUCUUACCUUUAAGACCCAGCUCGGCAGUUCCGCUGCACCUUCAUCCGUUAAGAUCUUCCAGUCUCCUAAUCCCGGGAAGAUCAUUCUUACGAGGACAUUAGACAAGCAGGAGGGUGUCAGGGCAGAUUCUGAGAAGGAGGGCUUGGUUCCCGGUGCCAGUGUGCAGGGCAGGGGCUCUGUGCAGGACAUGGCCGUGCCCGGCUCCUCGCCCCAGAGCGGCACAGCCUACAUGGUGGUCAACACAAACCCUCUCCCAGCACAGAACCCCCGCAAGCCCCCGGUGCUGCCCUCUGGCCACCACCUGCAGAUCCCGGCUGACGCCGAGGUGAAGUCUGUCCCGGCGUCCCUGCUGCCCCCGGCCAUCCAGCAGAAAAUCCUGGCGGCCGCAGCCACCUCUGCGUCCGACGGCUCCAAGACACCGACGGUGAUUUAUGUGUCCCCCGUGAACACCGUGAAGACCCCCCAGGCCCUCUCCAAGCGGAUGCAGGCCUUGUGCCCCCGGAGCAGCCCCGAGGCUCCCAGAGCCCUGCUGUUGGCAGCAGCCCCAGAGGGGGCCGGUGCUGGCCCGGCCGAGGGCCCGCGGCGCCACCAGACCCCCAUGAAGUGGAUCGUGCAGGAGGCCACUCCGCUCACCCCGUGCCUCAUCCCCGUGAAAUCCUCCAACAAUGUGGCUUCCAAGAUCCUGAAAACCCUGUCGGACACCAAGAACCUGGGAGUGAGCUCUGCCAACGUCCUGCCCCUGUGCCCCAGCGGGCCUGGGGCCGGCCAGGCCAAGCUGACGCCGCUGAAGGACAACGCCCUGGUCAUGUACAACGGGAAGGUCUAUCUGCUGGCCAGGAGGGGCUCUGACAUCCUGGCAGCCCAGGCUGAGAGACAAACCCCCUCCUCUCCUGAGCCCUCACUCAGAAAGGAGACGCCCCAGCGUGUGGACUCCUCUGCUGUCAACCAGAUCACCAGCAAAGUGGUCAACCUGGUGCUGUCCAAGAGCAGAGGGGUGCUGCUGGCCCAGAAGGACCCAAACCCACGGGCAGACCCCCAACAUUCCUCCCCAAAUGACUCCAGAGCUGCCCCUGUGGCCCCGGUGCCGACCGGUGCUGCCCAGCAGGAUCCUGGGGCCAUCCAGGGCCAUCCCUGCCCUGCUCCACCCAUGGGAGACACCCCGGGCCCGGCUGGGGGGGCACAGGGGCACCAUGGCAGGGACAGGAGUCACCCCUCGCCUGGGGCAGCGGGGGCUGUGUCACCCCAGGGGGAGCAGGAACGGGCUCACAGUGCAGACUGGCCCAAGAUCCGGGGGGAACACAUGGAUUCCCUGGGAGAGCUGGAAACACAACCCCCAAAGCAGCCCCACUGGAAGCAGUACUUGGAAUUAAGGAAAAAAUUUGGGCUCACCAAGGAGGAGAGAGUUUACCUGAGGAGAAUCCCACUGAUCCAGGACUCCUGGGAGAAUCCAGAGGAAAGGGGCUCUUCCAGUGACAGCCUGGAAAGGAGAAGCGAUUCCUGCAGCUCAUCCUCCCUGGAUGUGGAAAUAGGGAACUGCCUGCAGGAAUAUGUUCCAGAGGAAAAGAUCAUCGCGGAUCUGGAGGAGGAUCUGACCAGGAAAAGGAAAAUCAGAUCCUCCCCCCUGUCGGACAGCGGGAAGAGGAGGAGAAACUCCUCCAGAUCCUCCACAAGCCCAAGUUCAGAAACCACCAAUGCACUUCCCAGGAGCGUUUCACCCCCUCCAGCCUCCCCGGAGCCGAGCAUUCCCACGGGAUCCUCCGGAGCUUCCCAAGGGAGGGACUCGGAGCCAGGGACACCCCCGGCGGGCAGCGCCGGCACGGACUCGGAGAUCCCAGAGCUGGUGGCUCCCGGAGGGGCUCCCUCCCUUCUGGAAGGUUCCUUCCGGGACGACGCUUUCCCGGCGGCUCCCCCGGACCUGGACGAGACGAUCCGGGACGAGAAGAUCAAGCGGCUGAAGCAGCUCCUGCGGGAGAGGGAGGCGGCGCUGGAGGAGAUGAGGAGGGAGAUGCAGCAGAGCUGAGACCCCCCCGGGCCCCCUUUCCUCUGCCAGGGAGAAACCCCCGAUGGAAUAAGCAGCCUCAUGAAUUCCAGGCUGUGGGUGUGUUUGGAAUUCCGUGUGGAAUGCCGGGAAUGGGAGACUUGGAGCAUCUGAUCCCGCCCUGGGACAUGGCCCAGCACGGGCAGCGGAGUUUCCAUCAGCACAGGGCCAGGUUUGGGGCUGGCAAAGGAAUUGUGCAAUCCCAGGGCCUGGUGCAGGCUGGGAAGCCCCUGGGAAGCUGUGGAUGUGCUUUGGGUUGUUCUCCUCAAAUGCAUGAGAACUUUUUUGGUGAAUCCCUGGGAACUUUUUUGUGAACCCUUAAGAACUUUUUCAGUGAAUCCCUGGGAACUCAUUUUGUGAAUCCCUGAGAACAGUUGUCAGGCAGAAGGCUGUGAGCGCUCCAUGGGUUACUGGAUGUAUUUAAGGGAUGUGGGAAUGGGACUGUCAGGCAGUGACAGUGCAGAUAUUUAUACAAACCCUGGAGAAGGAGCCCUGGCUCUCCCUGUGGUUCCUGUGAGCCUUUAUAAGGCCUUGGCCAGCUGUGCAAUGUGGGGCUUUGCCCAGUUGGGAGGGUGGGCUAUGGGUUUUUUAACCAGAACUCUCUCAGUAAUAAUUUCUUCAGCCCCAGGUGGUGUCUGUAACAUCCCUGGUGCUGUCUCUGGAUUUGUUGUUCCUGGACGUGGCUUGUGCCACCCCCAGCUGGUUGGUGUGUGGGGUGGGAUGACUUUGGACCCCCACCCUCUCUUGUCCGUGUCUUUGGCUCCUGCAGCUCCUCCUGCAGCUCCUCCCUCUCUCUGACAACAAUUAAGAACUUUUUAUUUUUUCCCAGCAGAAUUUGUCCCUGUUUUUUUUUCCCUUUGUCCAUUUCUGGUUUAUGUUGAACACCAACCCCUGCUGGUUCCUCUCCCUGCCAGGUCGUUGGUCACCGGGUUUGUGUUUUGUUCUCGUUCUUGUUUUCUGCGUUUUAAUCCAAUUUUCACCCACAGGGUGUUGGUGGAGGGUGUUGCUGUGGAGGUGGGUCCUGGAGAGCUCUGCCAGCCCCAUCUUCCCUGAUUUUUGUGAGUCUUGACAGCGGGAAAAACUCCAGUGGAUUUAGAGAGGGAAGGAAAAGGAAGUCCCUGCUCUGAAGAAUCCCAGGUUU